CUGCGCCUAUCCUCGUAUUCCCUUAAUUGUUCUUUGUUUCCUUUAUUGUCCAGGGCCUGGCUGAAGCCAACAAAGUCUUCUCCAUGCCAACCUUCCAGUUUUUCCGGAACAAGGUGAAGAUCGAUGAGUUAAAGGGUUGCAACCCGAAGCCCCUUAGAGAGAAGAUCAUGAAAUACAGCAGCGGUGAGGACAGCAUUGAGACUGACCCCAAUGUGAAGGGCUAUAUGGAUCUUUAUUCAUUAAUCAAUGAGACUUGCUCAGAAUGCCUCAAUGAGUCGGACACAAAUCCGUUUCACAACUGUCUGUUGAAGAAUGGAGGCUACCUAGAAUCUGACUGUGAUGAACAGCUUAUCCUAUUUGUGAGUUUCAACCAGCCAGUCCGGAUACAUUCGUUCAAAUUGAUGGGACCAUUAGAAAAUGGGCCCAAAAAUAUAAAACUGUUUAUAAACCAGCCACGGACCCUUGACUUUGACCAGGCUGAAAACAUGGAACCUGUCCAGGCCCUGAGUAUAGAAGCAUCAGACUUAGAAAAUUGUACGACCAUUCCACUGCGCUAUGUCAAGUUCCAGAAUGUUCAGAACAUCACAAUAUUCAUGAAAGACAAUCAGCAAGGAAUGGACACAACACAACUAGAUUACUUGUGUUUUAUAGGAACCCCCGUAUCUUCAACAGAUAUGUCUGAUUUCAAAAGGGUUGCUGGUAAGAAAGGUGAAAGCCAUUAGAAGAGGAAGGAAAAGAAAAG